AUGUAUAAAGGCUACCCGACAGAAAUUAAGAGCAGCACAGGGUAGAAAAUAACGAGACCUUAUAGUUAAUAAAAGUAUUUUGUUAAAUAACUUAGGGAGUAUAUAGAUAUGAAAUCAUAAAUAAAAUAGUAAUCAUAUUCAUGUGAAAAGACAAACUAAUCUACAAUACUAAAAAGCAAAGUGUCUAGUAAAUAAUAAGUAAAGAACAAGGGGAAACCAACACAAACGCGAUUUUAAUUUUAAUAACCUUAGAGUUUAUAAACAACACAUCGUUAUAAUCAAUCGCCAUAUGUUAAACCUCAUUAAUAAUAACAAUUAUUUGAAUUAUAGAAAACAAUAAUGGCAGAUUCUAAUAGAGUUGGUAAUAUUGUGAAUCAAAUGAAGUUUCAUUCAUAAUCUAAAAAAAAUUCAUAACAGCCAUAAAGGCAUCAUAAAUCAAAUUAAACAAAUUAUUAAGAAAAGUAAACCUAAAGUUUAAAUGGCAGUUUUGAAUUGAAGAAAAGAAUCUUCACAACAAAUUAAGAUGUAAAUAUUAAGUAAAAUAAUAUGAUUGCAAAAUCUAACAGAGCAUAGUCAGUAAUUGAUGAAUAUAAGACUACAGCUAUUGAAUUAUAAUAAACAAUUAAAAUUCCAGAACCAAUCUUACCUUAAAGAGUUAUACCUUAUGAUUCAGAGUAAAAGUUUGAUAAUAUAAUAUAUAGAACUGAAUUUGAAGGAUAUAGAAAAGGAGAUUUCUUAACAUUUUAAUCAGAAAAUGAAAGUGAAAAUGAUGAUUUAAGGAAAGCAGGGAUUGAAAAUUUCUUAAAAAACUUAACAGAUAAGGAAAUUUUACUAUUAGAAAAAUAUAUAUAUCUAAGAAAAUAUGAUAUGAUGGCGAGAAACUCGAUAAUAUAAAGAAGGAAUGAAUUAAUGAGUAAUAAUCAUACUUCAAGAACUUCAUAAUAAUAAUAUUAAUAACAAUUUUGCAAAUUUAACAGAUAAACUAAAAAAUGA